AUGUCGCUAAAAUAUUAUUUCUUCUUGGUUAUCGCUUUGAUUUUCGUUUUGACUACAACGGCUACUCCAGUGCAAAAUCGCCCAAUGCAAGUGCGUCAAGCUAACAGUCCUACAAAUACAGCCA